AUGGCGGGCGCGCGCGCCCGCGCUUCCGCUUCCGGGCCCGGCCCCCGAGGGGCCGUCUGCGCCUGCGCGGGGACGCCCCCCCCCCCGUUUGAUGGGCGGCCCGAGGAGGGCGCGCGCCCGCACUUCCGGCCCCGCCUCCCACGCGCUUCGCCGUCCGAGGGGGCGUCUGCGCGUGCGCGGGGACGCCCCACCCCCCCGCGUUUGAUCGGCAGCCCGACCGUGCAGGGCGCUUCCGACCCCGCCUCCCGAGGGGACGUCUGCGCGUGCGCGGGAUCGCCCCCCCGCACCCCCGUCAGCCCUCCCGCCUCCAAGCGGAUGACGUCACCCGCCCCCCCCCGUUUGAUUGGCUGGCAGCCCGUGAGGCCGGCCAAGAAGGGCGCCCGCGCGCGCGCCCUCACUUCCGGCCCCGACUCCCACGUGCUUCUCCCCGCCCCCCACACCGCCCGAAGGGGCGUCUGCGCGUGCGCGGAGACGCCCCAGCCCGCCCGCCCCCGAGCGGAUGACUACGUGCCCCCUCUCCCCCGUUUGAUUGGCAGCCCGAGCGCGCGCCCGCACUUCCGGCCCCGCCUCCCACGUGCUUCUCCCACAGGCCUCCUCCCGAGGGGGCGUCUGCGCGUGCGCGGAGACGCUCCACCCCGCCCCCAAGAGGAUGAUCACGUGCCCCGCCGUUUGAUUGGCAGCCCGGCCAUGGAGGGCGCACGCGCGCACGCCCCCGCUUCGGACCCCGCCUCCCACACGCUUCUUCCCCCCCCCCCACCGCCGCCCGAGGGGGCGUCUGCGCGUGCGCAGAGCCGCCCCUCCCGCCUCCAAGCCUCCCCGUGUGAUUGGCAGCCCGAGCUGCCGGCCAAGGAGGGCGCCCGCGCGCGCCCUCGCACUUCCGGCCCCGCCUCCCACGCGCUUCUUCAGCACCACCGUCCAAGGGGGCGUCUGCGCGUGCGCGGAGUCUCCCCCCCGUCCCGCCUCCAAGCGGAUGACGACAGUCGCCCCCAUUUGAUUGACAGCUCGAACGGGGGGCGCGCAGGCGCAGGAGGGGGCGCGCGGACGGAGCCUGAGAGGCCAACGGCCCGACUGAUUGACAACCACCUGCGCCCGUCCCUGGGGGCUCAAAGCUCGGGAGCCAAAGAUGAUGCAGGGCGGUUUCCAGGGGAGCGUCUCAUGGCAGCAGCUGCCGCUCCUCCUAGCAACCGAAUCGGGCUCCUGAGCCUUUUUCGCUGCAGUGGAACAUGA